GGAGAUCUUUUGGAAGAACAGACUUUCAACAAAAAAAGAUGUGCUCCGCAUCCUCAAAACAUCCUCAUUCUGGUCUGGAAAGGUUUGGAGAUGGACAAAAGCCACCAUUGUCGCCUUUCAUCCCCUUCAGACCCCAAAGACCUCGUGCUCGACGGGUCCUUUACCCUCCUGGCCUGAGAAAGAUCAUGCCAAAAGAGGAGUCAGAUCCUGCCAGACGUUGGUUGGUUUUGCUUUCCGCUCUGCUUUUUCUCCAGAUCUACAUGGAGGAAGGGCUCUGUGACACUCAGGGCGUCCCAGACCAACCGCUGGCCCUGGAAGAUCAAAGCUCAAUGCUUGAGGAGAAUCCCUUCAGCCAGACUCCUUCAGAUGUAGACGUGGCUCAAUGCCGGGGAAUCGAACAGUCAUGCAACUUGUACUGGGAAAUGAGGAGCUGUUUCUGACACCAUUGCCAAAUGCAACAGCAGUAUGUGAAUGCAAGCACACAUGCUGAGCUGUACAGGACGAUCAGAUGGCAGGCUGCAGGGAUUAGUCUAUUCGCUGAGUGAGCUUUUCCAUCCUGUGUGCAGUCGCUCACACACACACAAGGGGGAAAAAAGAAGCGGCCCUUCUGCAGGAGCGAGCAGCGUGACUGAAUAAACUCGUCUGAGCCGGACUGGAUUUCCCACAUUCGUUGAAGCGCCACGCCGGGGUCGAGACUCUGACUGUAACCUGAUAUGCACGUACGUCACUUCAGCGUAGGGGAAAGUGAUGAAUCACAGAGUGAAAAACAACCUCACACACUGCGCUUAAACGCUCUACAGCACUGAGACUCAGUCGCGUGUGUGUGUAUGCGUGUGUCUGGGAAUGCUUCUGUCAUUGACGGCAAAAUAUGUGUAAUACUACAGAAUGUGUGUGAGUGAACGUGUUUCCGGGGAAUAUUCAUAAUGGGUAAAAAAAAAUGAUUGUGUGAUGAUGUAAAAUGUCUGUGCUCUGUCUGGAUGCGUUACAGCUUCCUUUGUCUACUUAUAAGUCACUGUGUAAUUAUUACAAAGACAAAUAACCAGCAUUGAUAUGUCAUCAU